AUGGCAACCUUCUAUGAAGAGCUUGGAGUGGAACCCGACAUUGAUCAGACAGAGUUGAAAAAGGUGCUGAGAAAGAAGGCUUUGGAGUACCAUCCCGACAAACAUGCAAAGGAGGAGAACGAGAAAUGGACUGAGAAGUUUCAGCAUUUCCAGCAAAUGAUGGAGACCCUUCAGGAUCAGAGGAGCCGCCGUGUGUACGAUGAGAUCCAUCUUAGGCUCGAGCGCACAGCUCGCGUUUUGAUUUUGAUGGACAUGAAUGGGAGCUUGCUUUGCAAGCUUGGGAAGCAUGGCAAGGAUGGUCGACCAGGGCAACGAGCUGGCCUGCCGGACUUCAAAGACAAGAACAACCGCUUCUGGAUCCGACCACAUGCGGCGGAAUUCUUGGAAGCCAUGCUGAAGCCACAAUCAAAGAUUGCUUUUGCCAUCUACACCAGCAGGCAGAUGCAGAAUGCGGCGCCGCAGGUGAUGAUGCUCUUUGAUAGGCUUGGACUUCGUUCUUUGCAGAAGAACCUCUUCGCAAUCUUCGCAGGUGAUGACUUCUCUGUGCCUGAUCCCGAUGCAGGGCCAUACAAAUCCAAGCGAAGCCUUCCAAGGAUCUGGAGCGGCCGGGCGUGUGCAGCUCGGGGUGUGAAGUUUGACAUGUGCAAUACGGUCAAUUUAGACAAUGAAGUCACCAAGCUUCGAGAACACAUGGCCAACGGACUGGUGGUGCCCACCUUUGGACCAGCAGAACUUGGCAAAGAAGAUGAUACCUUGCUGGAUCUAAAAGACUAUGUGACUCGCUUGGCCAAGGAAUGUCAUGGUGAUGUCCGUGAGUAUAUGAAGCUUUUUCCUUUCCGUGGUGGAAGCUCUUUGAUGCGGGCGCUCCCUCCAUUGUCCGUCUUCCUUGAUGAAGUGCCAGAAGUGGACGAGGUGACCAAGGGCCUUGCCAAAAUCGAUCUUGGUGCGAAACGAAGCGAGAAGCCAGAGACAGAGGCUCCUCAGCUUUGA